AUGGAUUUUGAUACACCAUCAAAUCCAUACCAGCAUAUGGUGCAGGAUGUGUGGGGACAAUCAAGUGCUCACGAGCCUUGGCAAUAUGUUCCGCCUACGUACAUGCCAGAGCCCCCCAUUAAUGAGUCGCAACAGUUCUAUAAUAUGUUAGAAGCGUCUAAGUCUGAUUUGUGGGCUGGAUGUGAUUAUUCUGAGUUGUCAACAAAUGCUCGACUAAUGACUCUAAAGUCUGAACAUCAAUUGUCUCAACGAGCUGUUGACGAGUUGUGUCAGUUUAUGGAAGAGCAUUUGCCGAAACCGAAUCGUAUGCCUAACGGUUUUUAUAAGUGCAAGAAACAAAUGCAGGCUUUAGAUAUGCCUGUUCUCAAGAUACAUUGUUGCACGAAAGGGUGCAUGAUCAAUUGGAAAGAAGACGAAAAUAGGACCGAAUGCAAAGUUUGUGGUCAUGCUAGAUUUAAGGGUAAUGGCAGUCGUCCAUUCAAGAAGAUGUACUGUUUUCCUCUAUGCCCAAGAUUAAGAAGUUUGUAUGCAUUUGAAGUUACAGCUCAAUCAAUGCGAUGGCACGCAGAGAACGCCCAGACUUCAGGGGAGAUGCGUCAUCCGGCGGAUUCUGCAGCCUUGAAAACAUUCGACAAGACACAUCCCCUAUUUGCUUCUGAAUCAAGAAAUGUCAGAUGGAGCACAUCUGGGCACCGUGCAUGUCCAUAUUGUAUGGAGGACUCACGAGCUUUCUCCCUGAAGCAUGGACGAAAAACCACUUGGUUUGAUUGUCAUAGGAGGUUUCUCAAUAGAAAUCACCAAUUCCGCAGAGACAAAAAGAACUUUAUGAAGAACAGAACUGAGCAUUCUGGUCCUCCUCCGUUCUUAAAAGGAGAAGAGAUACUUGAUAACUUGGAACAAUUUGAAUUCCAUAGAGUGUUUGAUGAAGGUGCAGAAACAGCAAACUCCAAGUUGAGUAAGAUUUUUGGAUGGAAUAAACGAAGCAUAUUUUGGGAUCUCCCGUAUUGGAUGACAAAUGUGAUUAGUCACAACCUGGAUGUCAUGCACAUAGAGAAGAAUGUUUUCGACAAUAUCUUCAAUACCAUCAUGAAUGUAGAAGGCAUGACGAAGGACAAUGCCAAUGCAAGAAGAGAUUUGGAAGAGAUUGGUAUAACACCUGAACUUUGGCCAUAUGGCGGGAAAUAUCAUAAGGCUAAUUUCACGCUUGACAAAGAAAGUAUGAAUUUAUUGCUUAAGUGGCUGAACAUUUUGAAAUUCCCAGAUGGUUAUGUUUCUAUGUGUAACUCUGAAUUUCAAUGCAGAAACAUGUUUGCUUUAUGA